CAUUACUUGGCUUCCCCUGCUAAAAAUUUCCAUCUCCUCUUCUGAACCUCGCGCCCACGACGCAUUGCUUUCGCAAUUCGCUCGGACUCUUCGAUCUGUCUCCAUUUCUUGCUGCAGCAUUCUUCCCAAUUCGAUUCGUCGAUCAGUGAUCUCGUCAAGCGGCGACCUUGAAUCGGAUCAGCGCCGCGCCAAUCUCUUGCUCAACGUGGCUUGAUAGGUAGAUGGAGUGAAAGUUGACUCAGUCUAUGGACAAUACAAUGGAAGAAGAAGAAGAAACUAAAGAGCUAAAUUUACCUUCCAAAGAUUUAGGCGAUAUUGGACAGAUAGAGGAAAUUGCAAGACCAUCUCAUCAAGCUCAUGAUAUAAAUAAUGAUGGUGCAACAGAAGUAGAAAAUAACAAUGGCAUUGAGGAAGGAAUUGAUUCUAUAGCUGCAAUCACGGACGAAGACCACUUUGAGCAGGUUUCUUUGAAAGAUCAAGAGAAAUCUUUUGGCCAAGACCAUGACAGUUUAGUAGAUUCAAACAGGUCAUCAACUUCAGACAAUGCUAGACACACAUCUGGGUCAUACUCGGCAGAGUUUGACUUUUCACCUGCUGCUGAAAUACACCAUGGCCACUCCACAUCAAGUCCUGGGCCUGACAGGCAGAUGGUCGAAGCAAUAGAGCAGUCAUCCUCUGCAACCAGUCUUGAUUCAGUUUUUCACGGGGAUGUUGGAUACUCUGCUGUUGAUUCCCCACAAAAGAAUAAAUUGAGAGCUGUUAUGCCGAAUGUAUCUCCAGAGUUGUUGCAUUUGGUGGAUUCUGCAAUCAUGGGGAAGCCUGAGAGCUUAGAAAAGCUGAAGAAUAUUGUUAGUGGCGAUGAGAAUUUUGGAUCUGGAGAUGAAAUGGAUAGUAUCGCCUUCUUGGUAGUUGAUUCUCUUAUUGCCACGAUGGGUGGUGUAGAGAGUUUUGAAGAGGAUGAAGACAACAAUCCCCCAAGUGUGAUGUUAAACUCGCGUGCGGCCAUUGUGGCAGGUGAGCUUAUCCCUUGGCUUCCUUGGGUGGGAGAUAGUGAUAAGUUUAUGUCUCCCAGGACAAGGAUGGUCAGAGGACUACUUGCUAUAUUACGGGCAUGUACUAGAAACAGAGCAAUGUGCUCCAUGGCCGGUUUGUUGGGUGUUCUAUUGAUAUCUUCCGAGAGGAUUUUUCUCCGGGAAGAUACUUCAACUGAGGCAACAACAUGGGAUGGAACUCCUUUAUGCUACUGCAUACAAUACUUGGCUGGGCAUUCACUCAGUGUUGUUGAUCUGCAUAGAUGGUUUCAAGUCAUCAAUAGAACGCUGAACACUGAAUGGUCGAAAAGGUUAAUGCUUGGAUUGGAGAAGGCUAUGGGUGGGAAGGAGUCAAGGGGGCCUGCAUGUACAUUCGAAUUUGAUGGCGAAAGCUCUGGCCUGCUUGGUCCUGGAGAGAGCCGUUGGCCAUUUACGAAUGGUUACGGUUUUGUAACGUGGAUAUAUAUUGAAUCUUUUGCAGAUACAUUAAAUGCUGCAACUGCUGCAGCAGCAAUUGCUGCUGCAGCUGCAGCUAAGUCUGGCAAAUCAUCAGCCAUGUCUGCAGCUGCUGCUGCCAGUGCACUAGCUGGUGAAGGCACUGCACACAUGCCAAGGUUGUUCAGUUUCCUGUCAGCUGAUAAUCACGGGGUGGAGGCAUACUUUCAUGCCCAGUUUCUAGUUGUUGAAUGUGGUAGUGGAAAGGGCAAGAAGGCCUCUUUGCAUUUUACUCAUGCAUUUAAGCCGCAAUGCUGGUAUUUCAUUGGUCUCGAACAUACAAGCAAGCAGGGGAUUCUUGGCAAAGCAGACAGUGAGCUCAGGUUGUAUGUUGAUGGAUCUUUGUAUGAAAGUCGCCCUUUUGAAUUCCCUCGAAUUUCUAAGCCCCUUUCUUUUUGCUGUAUUGGAACAAAUCCUCCCCCUACUAUGGCUGGUUUGCAAAGACGUCGCCGCCAAUGCCCUUUGUUUGCUGAGAUGGGGCCUGUCUAUAUUUUCAAGGAACCAAUUGGCCCUGAGAGGAUGGCACGCUUAGCUUCCAGAGGAGGGGAUGUGCUGCCUGCAUUUGGCUCAGGAGCUGGGUUGCCUUGGCUGGCGACAAAUGACUAUGUGCGAAAUAUGGCAGAAGCAAGUGCAGUUCUUGAUGCCGAAAUUGGAGGAUGCAUCCACCUUCUCUAUCAUCCCAGUCUACUCUCUGGCCGAUUUUGUCCAGAUGCUUCUCCCAGUGGUGCUGCUGGUACACUCAGACGACCAGCAGAGGUUCUUGGGCAAGUUCAUGUUGCGACUAGAAUGCGGCCAGUGGAGGCAUUGUGGGCCUUGGCUUAUGGUGGUCCCAUGUCUUUACUUCCUUUUGUGGUUGCCAAUGUUGAUAAAGAUAGCCUUGAACCUCAACAAGGGGAUGUUUCACUUUCUUUGGCCACAACUAAUCUUGCCGCUCCAAUAUUCCGUAUAAUAUCCAGAGCUAUCAAACACCCUUGGAACAACGAAGAGUUGUCUCGUGUCAAGGGACCUGAAGUUCUCUCCAGACUUCUUGACCACCUUUUGCAGACCUUGUCAGCCAUCAAUGUUGGCCAGAGUGAUGGUGUAGCAGAUGAGGAACUUGUUGCAGCGAUUGUCUCCUUAUGUCAGUCUCAGAAGAUUAACCAUGCUCUCAAAGUGCAGCUUUUCAGUAGGCUGCUGUUGGAUCUAAAAAUUUGGAGCUUGUGCAACUACGGUUUGCAGAAGAAGCUUCUUUCUUCACUUGCAGACAUGGUUUUUACAGAGUCAUCGGUGAUGCGAGAUGCCAACGCUAUUCAAGUGCUUCUGGAUGGCUGCAGAAAAUGCUAUUGGACAAUUCGCGAAAAGGACUCUGUCAAUAACUUUUCUUUGAAUGAUACAACCCGGCCAGUAGGUGAAGUCAAUGCUUUAGUAGACGAACUCUUGGUGAUUAUUGAGCUUUUAAUUGGUUCAGCACCUCCAUCAAUAGCUGCAGAUGACAUUCGGUGCCUGCUUGGUUUCUUGGUUGAUUGUCCCCAGCUCAAUCAGGUUGCCAGGGUGUUGCAUCUGGUCUACAGAUUGGUGAUACAGCCUAAUACAUCUAGAGCUCACCUGUUUGCUGAGGCAUUUAUAGCAUGUGGUGGCAUAGAAACACUUCUUGUUUUGUUGCAACAGGAAACGAAAGCUGGCGAUGAGAGUAUUCCAGAGUUGUCGACUGAAAAUAACAUAAGUCUUUCACCUCAUGGACUGCUACUGGAGGGCAGUACUGGGUUUUCUGAAGUUAGUCAAGACAAUGAAGUAGGUGCUCUGGAAUUGAAUGAAUCAAUUUUGAAUGAGCAGCAUCAUGAUCAUUCCCCCACUGGUAGUAGUGGCACUCCCGUUUCUUCAGGCUUGAUGAUUGAAAGGAUGAUAUCCGUGUCUGAAAAUCCUUUCUUGAAGAAUUUGGGGGGUAUAACCUUAUCAAUUAGUGCUGAUAAUGCGAGGAAUAAUGUCUACAAUGUUGAUAAGAGUGAUGGAAUAGUUGUUGCAAUUAUUGGGUUAUUAGGUGCUUUGGUAUCUUUGGGACUCCUGAAUUUUGGUUCUCCUGCCCCCUCCGACAUGACGACUAAUCUUAUGGGAAGUGGAUUACAUGAAGGAGGCAGUACCAUGUUUAACGAUAGAGUUUCUCUUUUGCUUUUUGCGCUACAAAAGGCAAUUCAGGCAGCACCCAACAGGCUACUGACGAACAAUGUGUACACGGCUCUGCUGGCAGCCUCGAUAAAUGCUUCUUCAACAGAUGAUGGGCUGAAUUUUUAUGACUCUGGUCAUCGCUUUGAGCACUCCCAGCUUCUGUUGGUCCUUUUAUGGUCACUCCCCUACGCUUCGAGGUCCUUGCAGAGCAGGGCCCUGCAGGAUCUUCUGUUUUUGGCUUGCAGUCAUCCGGAAAAUAGAAAUAGUCUUACUACAAUGGAGGAAUGGCCUGAGUGGAUCCUUGAAAUCCUUAUCUCCAAUUAUGAGAUGGGUGCCAAUAACCACUCGACUUCACCAAGCUUAGGAGAUAUAGAGGAUCUUAUACACAACUUCUUGAUAAUCAUCUUAGAGUAUUCAAUGCGCCAAAAGGAUGGAUGGAAGGAUAUUGAAGCUACAAUUCACUGUGCCGAAUGGCUCUCUAUAGUUGGUGGUUCUAGCACAGGAGAUCAACGAAUUAGACGUGAGGAAUCCUUGCCUAUAUUCAAGAGAAGGCUUCUGGGUGGUUUGCUGGACUUUGCGGCAAGAGAAUUACAAGUUCAGACUCAAGUUAUUGCUGCAGCAGCUGCUGGUGUUGCAGCCGAGGGGUUAUCCCCAAGAGAGGCAAAAGUGGAAGCAGAGAAUGCUGCACAGCUCUCUGUGGCUCUUGUGGAGAAUGCAAUAGUGAUGUUGAUGCUUGUUGAAGAUCAUUUACGAUUGCAAAGCAAAUUAUCUAAUGCAUCAAGGGCAACUGAUAUUUCCCCUUCUCCCCUUUCUCUUGUAUCUCCGUUGAAUAACCUCUCAAAUUCAUCGACAAAUGUUGGAGAAUUAUCAGAACCUAUGGAUGACCGCAGAUCAUUGUCCAGGGAUUCUACUGGACUCCCUCUUGAUGUGCUUGCUUCUAUGGCUGAUGCUAAUGGGCAAAUAUCUGCUGCAGUUAUGGAGCGUCUGACUGCUGCAGCUGCAGCUGAGCCUUAUGAAUCUGUUUCCUGUGCUUUUGUGUCUUACGGCAGCUGUGCAGUUGAUUUAGCGGAGGGUUGGAAAUUUAGGAGCCGGCUAUGGUAUGGUGUCGGUCUUCCAUCAAAAGCCUCUGUCCUUGGCGGUGGAGGUAAUGGCUGGGAAUGCUGGAAGUCUGCUUUGGAAAAAGAUGCAAAUGGAAACUGGAUUGAACUUCCAUUGGUAAAGAAGUCAGUUGCCAUGCUUCAAGCUCUAUUACUGGAUGAGUCUGGACUUGGGGGUGGUCUUGGUAUUGGUGGAGGAUCAGGCACUGGUAUGGGAGGAAUGGCAGCGCUCUACCACUUACUAGACAGUGAUCAGCCAUUCUUAUGCAUGCUCAGAAUGGUCCUUCUUUCAAUGAGGGAAGAGGAUGAUGGUGAGGAAAGAAUGCUAAUGAGGAAUAUUAACAUAGAAGAUCGUGUAUCAGAUGCACCAAAUCGCCUGGUGGGCAACGUAAUGGCUCUAGAUAGCAAUUCUCGAAUGUCAACGCGGAAACCACGCUCAGCUUUGCUCUGGAGUGUGCUUUCACCAGUUCUGAACAUGCCUAUUUCAGAAUCCAAAAGGCAAAGGGUGCUGGUUGCAUCAUGUGUUCUGUACUCUGAGGUAUGGCAUGCAGUGGGCAGGGACAGAAAACCUCUUCGGAAACAGUAUCUUGAGGCUAUUGUACCUCCAUUUGUCGCAGUAUUGCGGAGGUGGCGACCACUCCUGGCGGGAAUACAUGAGCUUGCAACUGCAGAUGGUCUGAACCCUCUAAUUGUUGAUGAUCGUGCCUUGGCAGCCGAUGCACUUCCUGUAGAGGCUGCUCUUUCCAUGAUUUCUCCUUCUUGGGCAGCUGCUUUUGCAUCACCCCCUGCUGCAAUGGCAUUGGCAAUGAUUGCUGCAGGAGCAGCUGGAGGUGACGCUCCUGCUCCUAUACCAAGUACUCAGCUCAAGCGUGACUCGUCAUUGCUUGAGCGCAAAACAGCUAGGCUCCAUACAUUUUCCAGCUUCCAACAUACUGGGGAGGUACCUAGCAAAUCACCAGCUGUUCUGAAGGACAGGGCUGCUGCAAAAGCCGCUGCUUUGGCUGCAGCACGUGAUCUUGAGCGUAAUGCGAAAAUCGGUUCAGGUAGGGGUCUGAGUGCUGUGGCAAUGGCCACAUCUGCUCAGCGUAGGAAUGCGAGUGAUCUGGAGCGGGUCAGGAGAUGGAAUCUUUCUGAAGCAAUGGGAGUUGCCUGGAUGGAAUGUCUUCAAUCCGUUGACAGAAAAUCAGUGUAUGGGAAGGACUUUAAUGCUCUAACCUACAAAUUCGUUGCUGUUCUUGUUGCAAGUUUUGCUCUAGCAAGAAACAUGCAGCGGUCAGAGGUUGACCGACGUGCACAAGUUGAUCACUUCGCUAGGCAUCAUCAGUAUGCUGGAAUUCAUGGAUGGCGCAAACUCAUCCAUUGUUUAAUAGAAAUGAACAGUCUUUUUGCACCAUUUGGAGACCGCUUGUAUGACUCUGCUAGGGUUUUCUGGAAGUUGGAUUCCAUGGAAACUUCCUCCAGGAUGAGACUGUGUUUGAGAAGGAACUAUAAAGGAUGUGACCAUUAUGGUGCUGCUGCUGAUCAUGAGGAUCAAGUUGAAAAGAAACUAGACCAAAGGAAUGUUAUGGAUCCGUCUGGUGCUCCGCCUCUCACGGCUGAUGCAAUUUCAAUGGAGCUUGUGAAUGAGGACGAUGAACAGGCAGAAAUAGACAAUAUUGAGGGAAAAAGCAGUAAUGUUGGUCAGAAUGAGGAAAACCAAUUGAGUUUGUCUGGAAAAGCACAGCAAAACCUGCAGGUGGUGGUGGAAUCCGGCGAUAUUCAAUUUGGUAGUGAGCAAGACUCGGUUCAAAGUUCAUCUGCUGUUGCUCCUGGCUAUGUGCCGAGUCAAGUGGAUGAAAGAAUUGUGCUUGAGCUUCCUUCAUCUAUGGUCCGACUUCUGAGGGUUGUACAAGGAACCUUCCAAAUAACAACCAGGAGAAUAAACUUCAUUGUCGAGCAUCUUGUGGACAAUAAUUGCACAGAUGAUGUGGAAGGCAAAUCUGAAUCAACAGAGGAUGAAAAGGAUUACAGCUGGCCGAUAUCUACACUCCAUCAGAUCUACAGCCGAAGAUACUUGUUAAGACGAAGUGCUCUGGAAUUAUUUAUGGUUGAUCGUUCAAAUUUCUUCUUUGACUUCGGGAGUAUAGAAGGCAGAAGAAAUGCUUACCGAGCCAUAGUUCAAGCACAUCCUCCUCAUUUGAGCAACAUUUAUCUUGCGACCCAGAGACCAGAACAACUUCUCAAGAGAACUCAGCUGAUGGAGCGUUGGGCUAGGCGAGAGAUUAGCAACUUUGAAUAUUUAAUGCAUCUGAAUACCCUGGCAGGACGCAGUUACAAUGACAUCACUCAGUAUCCAGUUUUUCCUUGGAUUCUUGCUGAUUACAGUUCGAAGAAUUUGGAUCUUUCUGAUCCUUCUUCCUAUCGAGAUCUAUCAAAGCCUGUUGGUGCCCUGAACCCUGAUCGGCUAGAAAAAUUCCAAGAAAGAUAUUCUAGUUUUGAUGAUCCCAUUAUCCCCAAAUUCCAUUAUGGUUCACAUUAUUCUAGUGCCGGAACAGUGCUAUAUUAUCUUGUAAGGGUUGAACCUUUCACAACUUUGUCCAUUCAACUGCAAGGUGGUAAGUUCGACCAUGCAGACAGAAUGUUUUUAGACAUAGCUGCUACAUGGAAUGGAGUUCUUGAGGACAUGAGCGAUGUGAAGGAACUGGUUCCUGAGCUAUUUUACCUUCCCGAGAUUUUAACAAAUGAGAAUUGCAUUGAUUUUGGUACAACGCAGAUGGGGGACAAGCUUGAUAGAGUGAAACUUCCACCUUGGGCUGAAAGCCCAAUUGACUUCAUCCAUAAGCAUCGGAUGGCUCUUGAAAGUGAGCAUGUAUCAGCACAUUUGCAUGAGUGGAUCGAUCUUAUAUUUGGGUAUAAACAACGUGGGAAGGAAGCUAUAUCAGCAAACAAUGUCUUCUUCUAUGUAACCUAUGAAGGAGCCGUCGAUAUUGACAAGAUCUCGGACCCAGUACAGCAGCAUGCUACACAAGAUCAAAUAGCUUAUUUUGGACAAACGCCAUCCCAGCUCCUAACAGUACCACAUAUGAAGAGGCUGCCAUUAGCUGAUGUUCUUCAUGUACAGACAAUAUUUCGGAACCCUAAAGAAGUCAGACCUUAUACUGUCCCAACACCUGAGAGAUGCAAUCUACCCGCAGCUGCAAUGCAUGCAUCUUCAGAUUCAGUUGUCAUUGUUAAUAUAAAUGCUCCAGCGGCACAUGUUGCGCAGCAUAAAUGGCAGCCAAACACACCUGACGGUCAAGGAACUCCGUUCCUCUUCCAGCAUGCAAGGGCUGCUACAAACUCUACUGGUGUAACAUUCAUGCGCAUGUUCAAAGGCACAGCUGGACCUGGUUCAGAUGAGUGGAAAUUUCCCCAAGCACUAGCAUUUGCCACAUCAGGAAUUAGAAGCUCAGCAAUAGUUUCCAUCACAUCUGACAAAGAAAUCAUCACAGGUGGACAUGUGGAUAAUAGUAUCAAGGUAAUAUCAUCUGACGGAGCAAAAACGCUAGAAACGGCAAUUGCACACUGUGCUCCAGUGACUUGCCUUGCUCUUUCACCAGAUAGCUACUACCUUGUAAGCGGCUCGCGAGAUGCGACAGUUUUACUUUGGAAGAUUCAUCGGGGCUUUGGUACUGGUUCAAGUAGCAUACCAGAUGUUCCUACCAGUGCAGGCACACCAACAUCAAGCACCAACAGUACUCAAAACAUCUUGGCUGACAGAAGCAGAAGACGUCGUAUUGAAGGUCCCAUACAUGUUCUUCGAGGCCACCUCAGGGAAAUAAGUUGCUGCUGUGUUAGCUCAGAUCUAGGGAUUGUUGUGUCAUGUUCCUAUUCAUCUGAUGUUUUAUUGCAUUCGGUAAGGAGGGGCCGAUUGAUCAGAAGAUUGGCUGGGGUUGAGGCACAUGCUAUUUCCCUUUCAGCCAAGGGAGUUAUUAUGACUUGGAAUGCAUUAAGACAUGCACUCAGCACGUUUACUCUCAAUGGUGUACCAAUUGCUACAGCACGACUCCCUUUUUCUUGCAACAUCAGCUGCAUGCAGAUUUCUACGGAUGGAGAAAAUGCUCUGCUGGGAAUAAAUUCAUCUUCAGAAAACUCUGGAUCCUCUAGUAGUAACAAGGAUUUGAACUUCAAAGCCUCUGUCCUUCAAGAGAACGAUAAGGAGUUGGAUGAAACUGGUCAAAUGUUAGAUAUUCAGUCACCGUCACUUUGUUUCCUAGAUCUCCAUACUCUUAAGGUGUAUCACACAUUAAAGCUGGUGCAUGGACAAGAUAUCACAGCCGUGGCGCUGAACGAGGACAACACAAAUCUUUUGGUGUCUACUGCAGACAAGCAGUUGAUAAUAUUCACUGAUCCAGCAUUGAGCUUGAGAGUCGUGGAUCAAAUGCUCAAGCUGGGUUGGGAGGGUGACGGGCUUAGCCCUCUUAUAAAACCAUAGUGGAAGGAGGUUGAACCGUGUCCAAUUGAUGAGUCAAAGGGAGCAACUGCACAGCUAGACGGGAGAGCAAAGGUUGCAAGCACAGAUUUGAGCGGGCAUUCGUGACUUUUUUGUCAAUGCUGGACUCGCGGCUUCACUAAUUAUUGGGAGUUUACAAUGUUGUAUCAGGCAAGCGGAUCAACCUGCAACUCUUUUGAGUAUGUGAGAGAGAGGCUCCGUGGAUUGAGCUAUUCAUUUUUGUCGACCAUUUUUUCAUUUAGAGUAGAAUAUACGAGAGUAUAGCCUUUUUCAUUUUUAAUUCCUGUAAUCCAUUUCUUUUAAUUGUCUGUAAAUGGUGAGGCUACUCGGUGCCUUUGGAAAAGGUCUUGUAAAUUAAAUCUUCAUAUUAAUCAAAACUCAUCUGUACACCUGAAUAUGCAGAAGCGAUUUGCGAUUUUCAGCUUC